AUGGCAAGCGUGAAGGAGGGACGCCUUCAUCGGUGGAACAUCAUCAUCGUGGCUGCUGAAGUCCCCGUUGAUUUGAGUUCUACGUUGGAUGGAGUGUGCGUCGACUCAGACGAAAAGCGUGGUGCGGGGUACGCCUCCACCAGUGCAACAUUCCGACAGAGCUGUGGCAAUCCCCGUUGA